CGUUUCAAAAGCAGAACGAAUUUCAAUCAUCAAAGAUCAUCAUCAUCAACAAACAAAUUAUACCCUUUCACACAAAUAACUUCCAUCCUUCCUCCUACUCAUACCAACCAAAUCCAAUCACUGUCUCAAAUAGGGUCUAUCAGGACCCAAUCAGUCUUUCAUCCUCCCGAUCAAGGAUUCAAUACAUGACGACUGCCUCUCCUUAAAACCCAACCAUCAGCAAUCAUGUCGGGUAAUGUGAAGGUAGUUUCACGUUUCCGUCCUCCAAAUGCGCUGGAAUUGCGUGAGGGCGGAGACAUCGUGGUGGACUUCGAAGGAGCACCCGAUUCGGAUACAAUGACAAAUGUCAAGGUCAAAGGUGCAGUUGCUGAAGGUGGUGCAUUCACCUUUGACAAAGUGUUCCCAAUGGGCACAAGACAACAAGACGUUUUCGAAUUUGGAAUCAAAGAAACCGUUGAUGAUGUGCUGAACGGAUAUAAUGGUACAAUCUUCGCAUAUGGACAGACAGGUUCCGGUAAAACCUAUACGAUGAUGGGUUCAGAUAUAGACGAUGAUGCACAAAAGGGUAUCAUUCCCCGCAUUACAGAACAAAUCUUUGAUAGUAUCAUGUCAUCUCCGCCCAAUUUGGAGUACUUGGUAAAAGUCUCAUACAUGGAAAUCUAUAUGGAACGAAUUCGCGAUCUGUUGGCCCCGCAAAAUGACAACCUUCAAAUUCACGAAGAAAAGAACAAAGGAGUGUAUGUCAAAGGUCUUUCAGAUUUCUACGUUGGUGAUCAGAGCGAUGUGUACAAGAUCAUGAAGCAAGGAGGUAUGGCUCGUGCUGUCUCCUCGACAAACAUGAACGCCGAAUCUUCUCGAUCCCAUUCCAUCUUCCUCAUCUCCAUUCAAGUUCGCAACACCGAAACCGGUACUCAGAAAUUGGGUAAUUUAUACCUUGUCGAUUUGGCCGGUUCCGAAAAGGUUGGUAAGACGGGUGCAAGUGGUCAAACUUUGGAAGAAGCCAAGAAGAUCAACAAAAGUUUAAGUGCAUUGGGUAUGGUCAUCAAUGCGCUCACAGAUGGUAAAUCUUCGCAUAUCCCUUAUCGUGAUUCCAAAUUGACACGUAUUCUGCAAGAAUCGCUUGGUGGUAACUCUCGUACAACAUUGAUCAUCAACUGUUCUCCCUGUCAAUUCAAUGUCGAUGAAACAAUCUCAACGCUUCGGUUCGGUGUUCGUGCUAAAUCGAUCAAGAACAAGGCUCGAAUCAAUGCUGAACUCAGUCCUGCAGAACUGAAAGCCCUGCUGAAACGGGCUCAAUCGGACAUUGGUAAAUACCAAAACUACAUCACAGCCCUUGAAGCCGAAUUGAAGAUUUGGCGUGCUGGUGGAAAAGUUGCUGAAGCGGAUUGGGCAGAUAUGGCAAAGAUUGCAGCAGGAGUCGCUGCUGCUUCUGCUGGUGCCACUGGCGAAAGUGCUGUUGCACCUACAGCCAAAGCUUCCCUGGCUUCUGGUGCAAGACCACAGACACCGGCAAUCGAGGGUUUGAAAGAAUUGAGCUCUCGACCCGAGACCCCAACGGCUGUUUCGAUGGAUAAAGAUGAACGUGAAGAGUUCCUUCGACGUGAGAACGAAUUAGCAGAUCAAGUUGCCGAAAAGGAGACAGCUCUAAAGAAAGCCGAAGAGGAAUUGCGGGAAGCAAAGGAUGAACUUGGCUUCUACAAAGAACAAGAAGCAACUCUCGGAAAGGAGAACAAGAGCAUUGCGAGCGAAUUAAACGAGACCAAGCUUCAGCUUGAGAGAUUGAAUUAUGAGUCCAAAGAAGCCGUUAUUUCUAUGGAUAUCUUGAAGGAGCAAAACAUGGAUCUGACUGCGGAAAUUGAGGAAUUACGCAAGAGUUUGACACAAGCGAACAAAGGAGGUGCAAAUGCAGACUUGGAAGACGAAGAGAAGCAGCGGAAGAAGGCUGAACGGAUGGCAAAGAUGAUGGCCGACUUCAAUGCAGGAAUCGUUUCCGAGAAAGAGGAACAGAUUCGACAAAGCUUGGCCAAGCUUGAUAAGGCUGUCGAAGGAGGACUCAGUCAAGACGAUAUCAGCACUUUGCGUGAGCAAUUGUUAGAGAGUCAGACUUUGGUUCGCGAACAAAACGAACGUGUUCGUCAAGCCAUGGAAGAGAAUGAACGCUUGGUGACAAGACGUGAUGAGAUGGAAUCUCGUUUGGCAACAUUGGAAGCCGAGUAUGAAGAAUUGUUGGAUAAGACCUUGGCCGAAGAAGAGAACGGCAAGAAUGCACUAAAUGAUGGUGUUGUGGCCGAGUUGCGCGGAAAGCUGGAAGCACAAUAUGCUGCCAAGCGUGAUGCCCAACAAGCCGAAAUUACUGAUUUGCGUAAACAGAUUGAGCUUAAAGGCAAGGAAACAGUAGGCUUGCAAGCUGCCAACGAAAGCUUAAAGGGAGCAAAUGAAGAACUGAAGCGAGCCUUCAAUGUGACAACGGCAAGUAUCGAAGGAGGACGUAAUCUUGCCGAAAGUGCCCGUGAAAUGGAAAGGGUACGCAAAUCCAUGGCAGGACAAUUAUCCGAAUUUGAUGCGAUGAAGAAGAGUUUGAUGCGCGAUUUGCAAAACCGAUGCGAAAAGGUGGUUGAAUUGGAAAUCUCUUUGGAUGAAUCUAGAGAGCAAUAUAAUAACGUCGUUAGAGCAAGCAACUCUAAAGCACAACAAAAGAAGAUGGCGUUCUUGGAACGCAAUUUAGAGCAAUUGACCGCAGUUCAAAAACAACUUGUCGAACAGAAUUCAUCCUUGAAGAAGGAAGUGGCUGUUGCCGAACGUAAGCUCUUGGCGAGAAAUGAGCGCAUCCAGGGAUUGGAGCAAAGCUUACUAGAAUCUCAAGAGAAGUUUAAUGCAAUGAACAGAAAGUAUGAUGAUCAAGUUAGGAUUAUCAAAGAACGUUUAGCCGCUGCUAAUGAACUCAAGAACUCCAAUGCCGCUGGUAUGGGAUUCGGCUUGGCAAGCAGAAUCGCAAAACCAUUGCGUGGUGGCGGUGGAAGCGGUCCCACCCCCGUCGGUCCGGCUCCUUUGCGUGGUGGUGGUGCAAGCUCUUCACCCGUACCACCCGCUCCUCUGCGUGGAAACGGAACUGGAAAUGCAGCCGGAUCUCAAGUUGAUCCUCGCAGCAGAUCCAAUUGGUUCUUCUCUUCAGCAAAGUAGAUUUCCAUCUUAAUACUACAUUUCUCAAAUCUUACCCUACUCAUUCCUGUAUACCAUAUAUCCAAUGUGCAUAUAAUCACUCUUUCUCAAACAAAGCUGCUUUUGGUUUCGAGAAGCUUCCCAUCAAGGAUGAGUCACUUUGUAUACAUUGCCUUCAUGUGAUCGCGUGAUACAUUAGACGGUAUGGCUUUUUGAGAGUCAUAUGUUGAUCUCGUGAUGUGUAUGUGUGAAAUGUGGUCGCAUAAUACAGGUAAUAGUGCUGAAAACGGGUUGCAAGAAACGAUUUGAUAUGAUCUUGCGUUUAUUUGCUGUAUGACCAAACGUUCUUGAGCACUGGAGGUAGAAAUACGUAAAAAUGGU